AACCGGAAACGACAACCACCUCGGCAAACAAAGACAUGCGGACGAACACAGGACUGAUGCAGAGCAGCUGGAGCAGCUCCGACGGCUUCAGGAAACCAGGGAGGAGAAACGGAGGCCCGCAGAGGAACCCGACGUGGACGACAAGAGACACGAGGAAGACCUGCGGGGCGGAAAACCCAAAUCGGACCCAACGAAAGAAGACCUGAAGAAAACGAGGCCCGCUGAGCCGCUCAGGAGGAAGAACMUCCUCGAGGAGAUGAAGAAGCGUGACGACCUGAAGAAGGACAGGAACAGAGAGGAACGCAGACACGAGAAACCUCAGCAACAGAGGACCCCGAGUGAGACAAAGACGGAGAGACCUCCGCGAGACAGGACCCCGAAUGAGACAGAGAGACCCCAGCGAGACAGGACCGUGAGUGAGACAAAGAAGGAGAGACCCCAGCGAGACAGGACCCUGAGUGAGACAGAGAGACCCCAACGAGACAGGACCGUGAGUGAGACAAAGAAAGAGAGAACCCAGCGAGACAGGACCCUAAGUGAGACAGAGAGACCCCAGCGAGACAGGACCCUGAGUGAGACAGAGAGACCCCAGCGAGACAGGACCCUGAGUGAGACAGAGAAGGAGAGACCCCAGCGAGACAGGACCCUGAGUGAGACAGAGAGACCCCAGCGAGACAGGACCCUGAGUGAGACAAAGAAGGAGAGACCCCAGCGAGACAGGACCCUGAGUGAGACAGAGAGACCCCAGCGAGACAGGACCGUGAGUGAGACAAAGACAGAGAGAACCCAGCGAGACAGGACCCUAAGUGAGACAGAGAGACCCCAGCGAGACAGGACCCUGAGUGAGACAGAGAGACCCCAGAAAGACAGGACCCCAUGUGAGACAAAGACAGAGAGACCCCAGCGAGACAGGACCCUGAGUGAGACAGAGAGACCCCAACGAGACAGGACCUUUCGUUUUCCCCAAUCAGUUCUAGCCCUCUGCUCAAGCCCCGCCCACUCUCACCUGUUCCCAGUCUUCAUCUAG